UUCGGUGGUCCUGUAGAUAAAAAUGUUAUUAAGGCGUUAAAUUCAAUAUUAAGGUGUUCAAUUAUUGAAAUAAGCAUAAACGAAUAUGUUAACCAAAAGUGUCCGUGCCGCCUUUAGAUUACCGGUCAGAAGUUUACUUACCAAAGUAUGCCGAUAUCAACCGUCGGCGCCGGUGCGAUGGUUCAACGGAAGGGGGCCAGAUUCGGACCGCAAUUUUAGGAUACGGACAACGGUAUACUAUGUCGCAGCAGCUGGCGUACUUACCGUGGGGUUAAGCUAUGCGGCCGUGCCGUUGUAUCGGAUGUUUUGCCAAGCGUACAGUUACGGAGGUACGACUAGUCAGGGGCACGAUGGCGAAAAAGUGGAAACCAUGAAGAAGAUCAAGGAUAGGAUAAUUAAAGUUAAGUUCAAUGCCGACAUCGGGGCGUCGAUGCGAUGGAAUUUCAAGCCACAGCAAACCGAAAUUAAGGUAGUGCCCGGAGAGACUGCUUUAGCGUUCUACUCUGCCAAGAAUCCCACCGACCAUCCGGUGAUCGGUAUCAGCACGUACAACGUUAUUCCGUUCGAAGCCGGGGCCUAUUUCAACAAGAUACAGUGCUUCUGCUUUGAGGAACAGCAGCUCAAUCCGCACGAAGAGGUAGAUCUGCCCGUUUUCUUCUACAUCGACCCCGAAUUUAUCGAAGAUCCGAAGAUGGAGCUGGUGGACUCAAUCACGUUGUCGUACACAUUCUUUGAAUCGAAAGACGGUCUCAACAUACAAUUGCCGGCCAUCGGAAAACAUUUACCGCGUUUUGACGGCCAGCCACGUGUCGCAACUUCUUAGCAAACUAAUGCCCAAAGGGCCGCGGACUGAGGUUAUCGCCUCUUAGCGACGGUGAUAACUACCCCAAAACCACGAGUACGAAGUUGGUGUACGUUUCAGAUUAUCUUCUGUGUACCGAAUCUGUUUGGUGCCACUGUGAAACAAUUGUAAAUUCAUGUCCUUCGAGAAUAAACCCAUUGACG